UUUCGUUUAGUGAGUGAGUAAGAGUUUUUGUUGAGUGUGCCAUGCAUGAUGGCAGUGUUGGUUCCCAAUAUAAAUGGACACAUUCAAAAUCAGUUAACGAGAUCUUUAGAAAGAAUUCUGGAAGAAGCAAGUCAAAGUGGAGAACUUAAACUAAGCAAUAGAAAACUUAAGGAUUUCCCCAAAACGAGUGAAAAGUAUAACCUAAGUGACACUGUAAUUGCAGAUUUGUCAAAGAAUCGGUUUAGCGAACUGCCCGAAGAGGUGACAGGUUUUCAUUUUUUAGAGAAGCUUCACUGCUAUCACAAUGCAAUUCGGUUUAUCCCCGACACAGUAAGCACCCUACAAUGCCUAAGUUUUAUAGAUUUAAGCAGAAAUCAACUAACCAACCUUCCAAGAGAAAUAUGCCAGCUUCCCAUACAGAUUUUACUGGUAUCGAACAACAGACUGUCAUGCUUACCUGACGAAUUGAAUCGAAUGUCCCAGUUAACAGAAUUGGACGCUUCAUGCAAUCAACUAACUCACUUACCUCCAAGACUAGGUGAUUUAAAAUCGCUACAGUCGUUAGUCCUUCGAAACAACCUAUUGUUAGCUGUGCCAGUUGAACUUACCUAUUUGAAGCUUAUAAGGCUGGACCUUAGGGCCAAUAGGAUUAGCACGCUUCCAAUAGAGAUGCGAGACAUGACGAGCCUUAUAGACUUGCUAGUCGAAGACAACCCCCUUAGUAGUCCACCGGCCAGUUUAUGCAAACGUGGUAGAGUGCAUAUUUGUAAAUUUUUGGAAACUGAAGCUGCAAAGCUUGAAAGGAAGACUGGGGGAGGAAUGGGCACACUUAGUAGGAGGUCGAGGAGAAGCGGUGCAGGUUCAUCACCUGGUCCUCCUCAUUUGGCCGAUAGACUGAAACAGAAGAGGCAGAAUGUCGACAGUGGCUACAGUACAAGCAGUGAUUGUUACGAGAAACGUUGGUCACAGGAGAUUGUAGGCGAUGAAAGGCAACAAUGGUCAUCUACUCCUAUUUCAGUUAGAUCAGUAGAACAAAAUGGAACCCAUUCCACUUUAUCCACACCUUCUACAAUUUCUCCUGCUCCAGAUACUGGUCCAGAAGAAGAUUCCCCAAAAAUAAGUAAUAGCUCUGAUUAUGAUAAAAACGACGGACAGAAAAAUAUUAAGGAAUAUCCUAGUGUUCGUCUAAGUCCGUGUACUGAUAUGUUGUCUAACAGUAAUGGAAUUGAAGACAAAAAACCUUUGCACCAAAUUCAAACCUACAGGGAGUAUAAAGAAGCCUUAAAACAACAAAGAGCACAAGACGUGCCUUCUAUAUAUCGAACAAAAGAUAGUGACGACCAAAGUUAUAAAACAGAACCAAAUACCCCCACCCAUCAUCCAUCACCCGCUCAAACUUUAGCUACUUCUAAAUCUGAUCCUACGCCGCUUAACUCUGCUUUUAGUAACCCUAAGCAAAUAUUCGAUGACACUAGCCCUAAAAAACCGAUACAGAAAGUCACCCCUUCCAGAACAUAUUCACCCAUCCAUAACACACAUGUAAACGGUAAUGUAGAAAGCAAAAAUGGAACUUCCAGAAUUAUGGAUUACGUUAAACCAAAGUCGCCAUUAAAGACUUCCACAGGAAUUAUGUCUCAUGAUAAUGUGCCUCCAAGUAACACUGUGAUUGUAAAUGGUAAGAACACAAGUCCCCGAAGUACACCUAGCGGAUUCUUAAAUGGGUCGAACGUUACAUCUAAAUCUGCUAGCUGUACCAAGACGUCAAGAAAUAUUAGCUGGAACCAUGACGUGCCAACUGAGAAGAUGAGUUUUACGAUGAGGAGAGAAAUCGACAAAGCUAGAGAAGAAACUGAUCUCAUCAAUCAGUUAAGGAGUAUUAUCGAAACAAGGUUAAAAAUGGCCCUUCCAGAAGAUUUGGCCCCCGCUUUGACAGAUGGGGUGGUAUUGUGUCAUUUGGCAAACCACAUUAGGCCUAGGUCUGUAGCAAGUAUACAUGUUCCUUCUCCUGCGGUUCCUAAAUUGACAAUGGCAAGGUGUCGUAGAAAUGUGGACAACUUUCUAGAGGCAUGUCGGAAGAUUGGAGUUGAUGAGAAUCUUGUAUGCUGUGCUGCUGACGUUUUGGAAGGGAAAGGUUUAGUUCAAGUUGCAAUAACGGUAACGGAACUCUUAAGAUUUCACAUGCCGAGAUCUCCGCUGCACUCGAAUAGUGUUUCUACUGUGGUCUAAAUUAAGUGUGAUGUUAAAUGUAAGUCAUAUUUGAUUUUAGAUAUUCGUAAUAUAUGUUUAGUGUAAAUUUUGUAUGAUUUUAAGUAAUAUUGGAACAAUAUUUGUUUAUUUUGCAGUAAUUUAUUUCUUUUCAAUUGACAGACAUAUCAACCUACGAACAAUAUUGAAUAAAAAUAUAUGUUGUACAAAUUUAAAUGUAAAUGGCUAUUUCAUAAUUAUUAAAUUGUGUAAUCUGAACUAGGAACUACGUUUAGUUUUAUAAUUUAAGUAGUUUUCAUAUACAUAUACUGAUAAUUUAUAUUCGACAAUAACCAAACAGAAUAAUCAAACUUGUAAUGUGUAAUAAAUCAGACAUAAAAUGCAGCGUUUGCCACAUUCUAGUUUAGCACAGUACUUAUUUCUGUACCUAAAUUAAAUGAAUUAAUUAAUAAGAAUUGUAACUAAAGUUAAAUAUAAUUUUUUUAAUGUUGGGUAUAUUAUACCCAGUAUUCAAAUAAGAAAGAACAUAGGUCAUAUCUUAGGAACGGUUUAUCGUAGAAUGUUUAGAAAAAAAUGUAUAUUUUUAAAACACGGCAUAAAAGGUGUGGCCAACUAAAAAAAUAUACUUUAUGAAUACUUUUCAUUGAUUAGGUAAAAAGGUGACACAUGAAUGCAGUUAAAAUUAUCGAUAUAUUUUUUAUAUUUUUAGAUCAAGGGAUAUAAGACAAAUUUUGGAAUAUACAGGGUGUCAAAAAAAUUAAUGACCCAAAAGGAAAAUAUGGGGGACAACAAAAUAACUGUUUGAAAAACCUUUUUGUCUCUUUUCAGCUAUUUAUUAAGUAAAUUAUAAUUAUUUUUUCAUUUAUUAUCCCCUUAUACAGGG